AUGAGUGGAGAUAACAAAGACGUGGACAAAGUGACCGCAUCUAUGGCUAGCGUACAGCUGAAGGAGAUGUCACCGCUUCCCGACUUCAUCGACAAACGGAUCCAAUUGUGGGAGAAAUUCAAAGAGAGAUAUCUGAAGGAGUUGUCGGAAAAGCCUAACCAUAGCAUCAAAGUGACGGUUAGAGACAAGAGUGGCGAAGAAAAACAGGCGGAAGCGCUGAGUUGGAAGACAUCACCGGCAGAGGUGGCCAAACAGGUGGGACCCAAGUCGUGGACCGACUCUCUGGUGAUCGCUCGCGUCAAUGGAGUUCUCUGGGAUUUGGAUCGUCCUCUUGAGGAGGACUCAGACAUUCACUUAUUGACGUUCAAUGACGACGACGGUCGUCAAGUGUUUUGGCACUCUUCGGCUCAUAUGUUGGGUGAAGCGGUUGAGCGCCUGUAUGGCUGUCAUCUGUGUUACGGUCCUCCCAUCGACACCGGUUACUAUUACGACGCCUUCAUGUGCGGAUCAGCCCAGGGAUCGGAACCAAACGAAUUGAAUUCUGUGUCCACUUCUCAUUUCUCGACCAUCGAAUCGUUGAUGAAAAACAUUAGUAAUGAGAAGCAGGCCUUCGAGAGACUGGAGCUCACGAAAGACGAGUUGAUUGAAAUGUUUUCCUACAAUCAGUUCAAAGUGAGAAUUUUGAGGGACAAGAUCAAGGAGGAGAGAACCACUGUCUACCGGUGCGGUACUCUCAUUGAUCUCUGUCGCGGACCACACGUCAGACACACCGGAAACGUCAAGGCAUUCAAAGUGACCAAAUCGUCGUCAUCGUAUUGGGAGGGGAAGGCAGACGCGGAAUCUCUUCAACGAAUUUAUGGCAUUUCAUUCCCGGAUUCUAAACAACUGAAGGAAUGGCAGCGAAUCCAAGAGGAGGCGGCCAAACGUGAUCACCGGAAGUUGGGUCGAGAACAGGGCCUCUUCUUCUUCCAUGAGUUGAGUCCCGGCUCUUGUUUUUUCACUCCAAAAGGGGCCCACAUUUACAACUCUCUCAUGGAUUUUAUUCGGAGCGAAUACCGAAAGCGUGGCUUUCAAGAAGUGAUUUCUCCAAACAUUUAUAACUUCAAGUUAUGGCAGAUAUCAGGACACGGAGACCAUUACGCGGACAAUAUGUUUAUAUUCGAUGUCGACAAAGAGAAGUUUGGAUUGAAGCCCAUGAACUGUCCUGGACACUGUCUCAUAUUCGACUCAGAUGUCGUGGCGGGAACUGCCCCUCCGAUUGGCCGACUUUGGAGUUUUGCACCGAAACGAGUUGUCGGGAGCUCUGACUGGUCUGACUCGUGUGCGUCGCUUCCAACAGGACGACGCCCACAUCUAGUCAGGUCGUGGCGGGAACUGCCCCUCCGAUUGGCCGACUUUGGAGUUUUGCACCGAAACGAGUUGUCGGGAGCUCUGACUGGUCUGACUCGUGUGCGUCGCUUCCAACAGGACGACGCCCACAUCUUCUGCACCAUUGAUCAGAUCUCCGAAGAAAUCAAAGGCGCGCUCGACUUCCUUCAGACCGUUUACUCGGUUUUCGGGUUUACUUUCGACUUAGUUCUGUCCACUCGUCCUGAGUCCUUCUUGGGUGAGAUCGAGGUCUGGAACAACGCUGAGGAAGCGUUGGCGAAGGGUAUGGAUUCGAUGGGUAUUAAGUGGAAACUAAAUCCCGGCGACGGAGCCUUCUAUGGACCAAAGAUUGAUAUCACUAUUAAUGAUGCGCUCCGAAGACCAUUCCAAUGCGCGACCAUUCAAUUGGAUUUCCAGCUCCCGAUUAGAUUCAAUCUGAACUAUAGUGCAGAGGACGGCACUAAGAAGAGACCCGUCAUCAUACACAGGGCUAUCCUCGGAUCCAUUGAACGAUUCAUUGCAAUCAUCACUGAGAACUUCGCCGGCAAAUGGCCGUUUUGGUUGUCCCCACGACAGGCCAUUGUAUUGCCGGUCGGACCCAAUGGUAACAAAUACGCAGAACAAGUGCGACAACAGUUGUUUGAGGCGGGCUUUCAAGUGGACAGUGAGUUAGAUCCCGGCCUCACCAUCAAUAAGAAGGUGCGAAACGCACAGUUGGCUCAAUACAACUUCAUUUUGGUUGUCGGCGACAAAGAGAUCGCCAACAAUAGUGUUAACGUCAGGACCAGAGAUAACAAAAUACACGGCGAGUGCUCUUUGGAGCAACUCAUCGAAAAGUUCAAGAAAUUCAAUGAAACAAAGAUUUUGAACGCAGAGGAGGUAUUCAAUGAAUGAAUUCUAUGAUGUAUUCAAUGAUUUUUUGAAUUUUAUUAUUAAAAUGAUAUUUAAUUUAAAAACA